UCCUAAGCGAGUGCAGUGAGAGGCAGACCGACCCCACAGCAUCGGGACUGGUUCUGAAUGUGCGUCCACCCCUUCCGGUUUGGCCGAGAGAGGACGAGAGAGGACCCGAGUGCUGAGCCGCGCCUCCCCUCGGCCCACGUCCGCCGGCGCGGGAGGUCAGGGCGGCCGCAGGGUGUGGAGGUGCUGCGAUCCCCCGCCUUGGGGGGAGAGAACGGAGAAGAAUACGGUGUGGGUGUGGGAGGGGUUUGCUGGCCGUUCCGCACUCAAGUCUGUACUCCCUCCCGGGAAUCGGUGAGACCAGCCCAGAGCCAUCCUGCACAGGCCUGCUCCCCAGCAGGCCUCCCUCCUCCUGGACGCCUUGUCCUCUCGAAGGCAGCUGUGGCUCCCCUGGACGCGGGCACGGACCCAGGAGAGGCCUUCUUCCAGUACAGCCCCGGGAAGCUGCGGGGCAGCCAGUACAAGCGGAUGAUGACCAAGGAGGAGCUGGAGGAGGAGCAGAGGAUUGAGCUGACCUCUGACCUCACUUCCCUGUAGCAAGCUCCCUAGGUCCUGAGCCACAAUAUCCUUGCAAAUCCUGUUGGGUGCAGAAGGAGCAGCUGGCGGCCAUCUUCAAGCUCAUGGAGGACAACAAGGACACGUUCGGCGAGAUGUCCCGCGGCGACGUGCAGGAGCAGCUCCGGCUCUACGACAUGUAGCUGCCCCUUCGCCGCGCGGCCCCAUCGCCGUGCGUGCAGCCGCCUGGCCGACCAGCCCUGUCACUCCCAGCUUCCAUCCACGGACGGAGAGCGUCCCACGUGCAGAUCUGCUCAGUCCUCCAGCCUCCGUGCUGGUACGGGAGCCAGGACUGUGGUCUCAGGGGAGAAAGGCCUGGCUCCUCCAGCUGCUCCACAGUAACCCUCUAGGCCCCAGCUGUUCCACAGGUAAAUCUAUGAGGCCCCAGCUGCUCCACAGUAACCCUCUCAGACUGUCUCUGCUCCUGACUGAGCCCUCCACGCAGCCCCAGGGCGGGCGUGGCCCAGGAGGGUGAGCUGAAGGCUCAGCUCCCAGGACACGUGUGGUGGAAGGGUCCCUGGUGCUGGGAAAGUUGCGUAUCAGGGCCCGUGGCCUGCAUGUCCAGUCUGGUAACAUAACACUCUCACUGCCUUAGAAGGACUUCUGGAAGCUUCUGUAACUAUGGAAGCAAGCAGUGGGGGAGCCCUCUCAGCAAAAAGGCUAGUUCAUCCCCACCGUCCCUCUGGAACAAAGCCGCGGUCUCAGGGUGAAGCCCUCCCGGCAUUUCCCUGGCGGAGCCUGGGACUCACUGUAGUGUCACUCAGUAAGCACCUCACAGAGCUAAGUAAGCACCUCACAGAACUAAGUAAGCACCUCACGGAGCACCGAGAACCACGCCGGACACAGCAGAUGGACACACGUACCUGGCCUGGCGCCUGCCUGCGGGGGGAAGCUCGGUAGAGAAGACAGGCAGGGCACAGGGAGGCCUCCCCAGGCAGCGCUCAAUAAAGUCAAUAAAACCUAAUAAAAUCUCAGAACACUGUCCGGGACCCCUCACCAAGCCACCCGUUUCUGUGAGGAGCGUUUCAGAGCCAAGUGAGUGAGGAAGAACCCAUAAUGUUCUUAUGUUUUUUAUCUGCUGGAAUAAAGCGAAGCCCACACACAGAA